GCGUAAAAGCGACCGCCUUAGUCGCGUCGUUGCACGCAUCAACCGACGCUCGGUUACGCUCGGAUUUUCCUUAUGUCCGUUCAUUACUUCGCGUGCUUUCGCAAAGCACCACGAGGUACCCGCGGCCUUGACUUGCCAUAUUUUCCAUACAAUCGAACGAACUGUAUAAUAAUUAUUAUUCGCUGGAUCGGGCAAACGCGAAAGUUUACCGAACGUUCAAGUGUACUUCGAUAAUAAUAGGAUCAUUUUUCUUAUCGCAUCUGCGACGUGAAAUUCUAACUAGAAUCUACAAAAAUAAUAACGCAAUCAUGUUCGAUGAAAAUCCAAAAAUGAACAGAUCAAUGACUUAUCGCCGUUUAUACGAUGCCACUCGUUCGUUCUUGUCAACGUCGAGAAAUGUGAUAUGAGAAAGAUAAAGAAACCGAACGAAAUAACUAAAAGUAUAAGCAAUUGACGUUUUAUAUACACAUAUGCGCGUUCGUCAGUGUCAUGAUCGAGAUCGAUGAGACGAGGACAUGAGUUUGAUAAGAAGCUGCAAAAGAGAUUCCCUUCGUGGAUGCGAAAAGGUGUCGGACAAAAUUCUUUAUCCGACGGUAAAUAGUUUGGCCUUGAAGAGAACGAGAUUACCGUUGCAACUUCACGAUGGUGGUACGGAUAUCGAGACGCAAGAGGAGAUGAAAAAGGAUUCGGGGCCCCAUCGGGAAAGUAAACGAACGAGUUUGAUGGCUAAAGGCAAGGGCAACCCAUUCCGAAAAUACCGCGCAAAAAUUGAAAUGAUGGUCGAAAGACGAAACGAGAUAUUUGAGAGUGCCGAAUCGGCUGAAAUCACCACAAACAUCCUAACCGAUAGCGAAAGAGACGAGGAACUAUUAUAUUCUUCGAAAAAAGAAUAUAAGAAGGAGAGAAUGGCCGACUGGCCAUUGGAGGAGAAAAAGAAUGAAAACGUUAAAGCAAAUAUUCGAAACGAGUCGAAUGACGAUUCGAGUGUUCUCAGCGAGAGACGUUGCUCGUAUUCUUCGGAGGAUUACGAAAAAGUCGAUGUUAAAAGUCAAUGUUACCCGGAAGCCUUUGUAGAACGUGACUUCGAUGUCAACGAGAGCUUUCACCGCAAAAAGAUCACGGGAAUAUCUAAAUCGACGUGUGAUAGAGAAUCGAUAUUGUUUUCCAGCGACGAGGAAAAAAGUAGUCUACGGAAUAAUAAGAAAAAGAAGAAGAAGAAGAAGAAAAAGAAGAGACAGUUUGCUAGAUACGUACUGCACUAUGUACCAGGAUAUCCGGGCAAACGUCAUAAACAACCAACGAAAAAGAAGAAGAAGCAUUAUCGCUUCGUAACGUCGUUUGACUCACGGGCGAGAUCCUUGGGCGAAGAGGAUGAAACGAGUAUUGAAGAGAAUCAGGAAUUUUCGCGACCAAGGAGUCUCUCGAGAUUCGAAUUGAAAUACGUCAUGAUUUCGGCUCCAUCGAACUUUGUUCACGUUGCCUCGGCUACCAAUACGCGCUUAAUGUCCAAUGAAAAGAUCGCCAGCUCGAAAUUAGAACAAUCGAUUAUCACUCACGAAGAAAAAUCCGCUAAUUUACCUCUCCUCCUAAGAGGGAAAGAAGUUGACAAAAGUAUUAAUCGGCUUAUCGGCGAAGAAACGCCUAUGGAAACUUUACGACACGUCAACGAAGGUAGAACGCCUUACGUAGAAAUAAAAAGAACGUCCCUAGGCAAUGCGGAGGAGCGUAAGGUCGAACUCGUAGAUCCUUGCCGAUCGGUGAAAAUCGAAACAGACGAUCACGAGAUGAGAAUUUCUUACGAGCCUAUAUUACGCACCAAUGUCAGUUUUCUUUGGAGCGAUCGAACGAGAAAUUUCUUGGACAAUAAGAACGAGCAAGCUAGACUUUCUUCCUCGCUCGUAGAAAAUGACGAAGAAACGUUCGCGGGAACGUUCGAAGAACCGUACGACGACGUGGGACCACCGCUGUCCAAGUCCUUCUCUCAGGAAGACGAUUACGACGAUGUAGGACCACCGCCGACAUGCUCUGAUGAAAAUACACCUGGCGAUGGAAAAUACGCGAAGGAUGACACGUACGACGACGUUUUGGUGCCAUUUUUAAAUAAAAUCGAAGAAAAAGUUGAAACGAUAUUGGAAGAUGAUGACAGACAAGAAAGCUCGAUUAACAACGAUUAUUCCAGUCUCGAGGAUGGUGAGGAUGAAAGGUACAUUUACGAUGACGUUGCUGUACCCGUUGGCGAGGAACGCGUCAAUAGUCUCUAUGGGGAUUCCAUGGCCGCCUCUUUUAUGGGAUCGGUCCUGACGAACGGCAAAGAAUCCGAAUGGGAGGACGUGGACGAUUUUACGAACGCAUUGCCUUGCUACUGUCAACAUGACUGCACAUGUGAAAAGAAUGGCGAACAGUGUAAUACGUGGAGUAAAAAGAAGACUGGACAACGGUCCGGCAAAAAGUGGAAAAGACGGCGUUCGAGAAGAUGUAGGAAAACCUCGGCUUCCUCCGCGCGAACUCGCCACGACUCUAUUGUUGACGUGGCCAUCACCGGUUCUGCUCUGUUACUGGCCGAUCAUUCGGGAAAAAAGGAAGGAGAAUGGAGAUCAUCGGGAAAUUCGGAAUUGGAUGGAGAGUCCGUUGGUACGAAGACCCAAGGCCUUGUCCAAAUGAGACUUGUGGAUCUCGACGAGGACACGGACAUGCAAGAGGCGUCGUGUUACGUUCACGAAGAAAGCGCCUCGGAAGAUAGCACGUACGAAAGCCUUCGUUUUUGCCAGCCGGACGACUUCGGUACGGAUUCGGAAAGCGAAACGAGUGGGCGCGUAAACGGGCCCAAUCUUAACGCCGAGAAUCGAGGUGAAAAUACUACCAAUGGGAAUGUUUACCUGGAGGCUCCCGCGAAACCGAUACCACCGCCUCCGAGAGAAUCUAGUCUGACGGAAACAUUGGGUAGAAGAAUAAAGAUGUUGCGGAGAACGUGGAGCAUUACCAAGGGGAGUCUUGGUCGAAUUCGAAGAAGAACUUUGUUCGUUGAAGAAGAACAAGCUUCCGAAGAAAGCAAGGACCUUGCCAACGUACACCAUCAACAACAACUGCCGGACAAUGGAAAAUAUUUUAGCUUUAGAAAACAUUUCCGAAAGAACCUCACCAGCUUUUCGACCUUUUAUCUAAACGAUAGCGACGGUAUUUGCACCUCGAGGAACAACAAUAAUAAUAAUGGUACCAGCAAAGAAGCCAUUUAUGGUAAUACCAAUUGGUACGCCGCGUGGUCUGGUACGACGAAAAUUAAUAACGACUGCGAAUCUUCGUCCCGAGACGUCGAUCACUACAGCGUCUUGGCGGACCAAGAACCUUUGUAUCAAUUUUAUGAGGCAGCCGUUGCGCGUGUGGCCUUCGAGUCGGAUUCCGACGGAUACGAGGAAGUAGAAGAUUUAAAUUUUCCUCCGCUCGCUACGGAGGAUUUUUUAAAACCAGGACAACGUACUUUAUGGUGUCAAACUCCGCAAGUUGUACGCAGCGGACUCUUACAGAGAUUAACGCCGGAAGAAAAGAAAAUACAAGAAGCAAAGUUUGAGAUCCUUACGUCGGAAGCAUCUUACUUGAAUUCGCUUCGUGUUCUUGACAACGAAUUUCUUCGCAAUCACGAGUUAACGAAUGAAAUUUUGACGAGUUCUGAGAAAGAUAAACUUUUUGGCGGAGUACCUGCUGUGAUUAAAGCAUCGGAAAGAUUAUUGGCGGAUCUGGAAAUAAUAUGGAAGGAAGAUCCUACGUUAAAUAAUUUGCCUGACAUUUUACUUAAACACUCGGACAAAUAUUUAGAUAUAUUCGUCGGAUAUUGCUCUAAUCAGAUUAAAAUAGAUAUGACGUUGAAAGAAUUGAGAGCGAGGAAAGGUGGCUCCAAAUUUGUCGAAGCUGUCGCACAAAUAGAGUCUCGUCCUGAAUGUCAAAGCUUGCCAUUAAAUUCGUUCCUUAUGCUACCGAUGCAACGUAUUACAAGACUCCCGCUGUUAGCCGAUGCAGUACUUUCUAAAUUAUCCGUCGAAAAUACCGCCGAUAGAUCCUCCUGGGAAAAAGUUUUAUCAACUUUCACUUAUGUCGCGUCGGAGUGUAACGAGGGUGCACGUGCUGCGGCUCAAGAGGCAGAAAUGGAAAUGAUAACGAGGAAAUUGGAAUAUUCGGCAAAAAUUAAGACAUUGGCAUUAAAAAAUCGACGUUUAAUUAAAAAAGGACCCGUUAUACGCUUAACUAUGAAGGCGGAUAUGGAAUAUAAGCUUACAUUUGGGAAGAAGUUCAACAAAACACCGCUAUACCUUUUUCUACUUACAGAUUAUCUUCUAGUCACAAAGAUUAAACACAACAGUACUCACGACGAAGCUUACAUCGUAACGGACGUUUGCAAAAGAAAUCUUCUUGCCUUGGAAACCGUUUCCGAGGAUUCACCCUUUGCUGGUCGCAAUGCAAUGAUGUUAACUCUUUUGGAAAAUUAUUCCGGUAAGCAGGCUGAAUAUGUUUUAACCUGUGAAAGCAAUACGGAAAGAGAAAGGUGGUUGGAAGCUAUAUCGCCGCCUAAACGAGAAACGUUCGGAGAAACGCUUUACGAAGCCUGGGAUUGUCCUCAAGUAAUGGCUCUUUAUUCUUACUCGCCGAGCCAACCCGAUGAGCUUACAUUGCAACCAGGAGAUGUUAUUAACGUAAUGAGAAAAAUGACGGAUGGCUGGUAUCACGGCGAGAAGCUAUUGAACGGCGAGCAAGGUUGGUUUCCUGCUAAUUAUACGAAAGAAGUUGCCUCUGAACACGUGCGCGCGAGAAACUUGAAGCAGAGACAUCGUCUGUUAGCCCUUACGGGUAGCGUUUUACAAAGAAGAGCGAAACAAAACUUGGCCGAUCGUCUGCAAAGCGUAUCGUAACAAAAUGAAAGGAUGUUCAAACGGAUCUUACAAUUGGUGGAAUGUUUCUUCUAUCAAGAUAAUGGUAUACAGUCUUAAUUCAAUUGCAUCAGUCGUACGAGAAGAGUAUUGCGAGAAGAGUAACUUAUAGUGUCUUGGUAACGUGUUUUAUGUAAAUAUUGUUGAAUUGAAAUAUUUCAAAUUUUAUCAAAAAUAUAGAAAAUUUGAGAAUUAAAUUUCAGCAUUAAAAAUUACGCGCCUCGUAAUCGAAUAGAAAGAUACAAUGGUUUGUAUAAAAUGUGUUUUAUAAACGAAAAAAAAAAAAAAAAAAUAAGAUUUAAUAUACCCCGAUAAGGUCAUACUAUCGCCAUAGAGAAAACAUCGAACAUUGUCUUCCCAUUGUAUUCUUAUUAAAGUUAAUCAGAGGCUCGCCUUCGAAUAUCUCGAUGGUCUAACUUGAAAUAAUCUUUUAACAAAGUAAACCUGUAUCAUAGUAGUCACCGUAAUAACAAUUAUUUGCGCGAUGGACCACGUUUGAACGUAAAAAUUAUUGUCCAAAAGCAAAUUUAAAUCUCUUGCUUCUCGGCUACGGCUCAAAUGUUGCGUUUGCAAUAUGUCAUUGAUGUUUUUCUCCACGCCUCUUAACGUACUCUGAAAAGAAAAAAAAAGAAAGAAGCAUAAGUACUUAUUAUUUGAAAAAGAGCUUGGAAGAAGUAUUCACUUAUAUAGAAAAUAAAAUAAAUAUUAAUUUCUCUUAUC